GCGCACAGGUGGUUGGGCUCACAGCGGAGGAGAUGCUCGGCUGGCGGAGCUGUUUGGGAGCCUGCCAGCAUCGAGCACCGCAUAAAUUAUCACAUUUUAAGUGAUUGUUGCUGGCAUUGGGUCUUGAAGUCUAGCAGCUGACUUACUUUGGGCGUGAAUGAGCAACAAAACCAGCUUCCCUUAGAUAGGGUUGCCAAUAAGCGGUGGGUAGCUCGCUAUGCUCGCAGUACUACUAUGGCUAUCCUUUAGCAUACUACCAAAAGGACAAAUAUGUAAUUGUGGCCAUUGCAAGUAAACGUCACAGGUUCGUUUCAGAAGUAGUUUGCUAAGUGUCUGCAUCAGUAUGACAGCAUGACUUUCAAACCCUGAACUGACAAAAGAACUAGCUUUGUUAGCCUGUGCUUAGCGGCUAACAUAGCUGCAGACGCUAGGGUCCAUGCACGGAGCCUGCAAGAUGUGCAUCCCAUGGAGGUGAAGUGUUUCCCGGCUUGGCUAAGAUGGGGGGUCGCCUAAGACAACCUCUUCUGCCCCUGUCAGCAGGAGGCGAACCAUGGGGACUGAGGAAGAGUGGAACAAACAAAGUGCUCAAAAACUCCUGGAUAAAAAGGUCCUCCAAAAGCAGAAUGGGCGGCUUGGCAUAGUGAAAAACUUGUUUAAAACCCAAAACACACUCCAAAUUCAGUCCAUCACCCGCUCUGAAUGUGCAGGCUCCUGUCCUGAUUUGAUGAUGAACAGGCACGACCAGAUAGAUGUGCGCCCCGUACCGGUGGCCCUCACCCCCCAGCUGCCCCCCAGACUGCACCGGCCCCUCUGCGUGUCUGUCUCCUCUGACAGCAGUGGGCGAUUCAAGGCAUUGGAGACCCAGGAAUGGAAGAACAAUCUCAAAGCCCAGAUGGAGCAGGCCCACAGUGCAGGGGCAGCCAGCAGCACUGGCUCUCUGGAGCGUGCCUCUCUGUUCUGCGCCUCAGCCUCCACCACCUACAGCUCGGGUCUGUCCAGUCCUGUUGAGUUCCUCAACAAAAACAAGUCCUCCAGCCGCUUCUCUCUCUUCUCUCCGCCCUGGAACAGCAGCUCUGAGUCUGAAUCCAACCCUCCAUCUCGCUCCGGUUCCAAAAAACUGCGAAACUACAGUCGAAGAGCCGCAACAGGUCCCGCUGGAGCCAGGGGACCGGAUGUCCCUGACCCUAAACCCAGUGAACAGUUCCAGUACUCCGAACCAGUCAUCUCUAAAGUAACUGACUACAUCUUUGUCGGGAAUCUAAACGCUGCUUACAAUGGCCGUACUUUGUGUCGUAACAACAUUGACAGUAUAAUAGACAUGAGUAACGUGCCAGGUGAAUCUGGCCCAAAUCUCAAUCUCAUCCCUUGUACAUGCUCUAGAGGGGCGCGUCACAGCUGGUCCAGGCUUAAGGUGGAUAUCAGUGACGUACCGGAUGCUCUGGGAGACGGUCCCGCCUUAAAACAGCGGUGCUUUGAGGAUAUCAAUGAAUGCAUUGACGCCUCCACAGAAAAGAAGAAGAGGGUCCUUGUUCACUGUCGGGAUGGGUUUUCUCUUGCCCCCACUUGCAUAAUUCAGUACCUAAUGGUGAAGCAAAACAUGAGGCUUAUUGCUGCCUAUGAAUUGCUAAGAGCCAAGUAUCCGGUGAACAUCAGGGAGUGCCAUCAGAAUGUAUUGGUGAGCCUUGAAAAAGCAUUGCGACCAGGAGGCAAUGUGGAUCCUGAAUGCUUCAAACAGGCCAUCUCUCGCAAAGUGGCAUGGACAUGACUGUAAAAUAAACAUGGACAAUAACACACAUGAUCCAGCUGCAUAUAUUUGUCCCACAUCAGUUUGGUGGUCGUAAAACUUGAUGUUUUUUUCCUCGUACCUAUAAAUGUGAACGGGAAAAUAGACUUGCAUACAGCCAUGUGGUGUACAGAUGUGAAAAGUGCUGGCUGUAGAAUUCAUAUAGUCCUGCUUCAGAUCUGUGCCAUACUGAUAACAAUAUACAUUACUGCAGUUUGUAAGAGAUAACUGAUGUCAUUCAGAUACGGCUGGAGAAUCUAUUCACAUAAUUAGGUUUGUUUAACAGUCCCUAAAAUAGAAGAUUUGGUGUUGAUGCAGCCAACAUUUUUCAGUAACAGAAUGGAAAUUGAAAGUUCUCCUACAAAUCAAUUGUUUUCUCAGAUUUAUCACUUUCUUUGUCUGGCAGUGUUGUGGAUACAUAAAUCUACUUUCAUUUUAAACCUACUUUGUGAUGCACCAAAUGCACCAGUCAUGUAUGCAUGCUUCUAUUUUAUCACAAGGAAAUUUUAAUAUACUUGGUUGAAACAUUGUUUUAGGUUCAAUGCAUAAUCUUACUUGAAAUUUUAUAUUUUUGUGUGGUUACUACCUGGUGAAAUAUGUGCAAGUACAUUAUUAUUUUGUAUUUAACAAUUUUAUCCCUUGGCUGAAAUUUAAAAUGGCUGGCGUAUCUGCUCUGCUGUUAAGUGGAGCCCAGUUAACUAUCAGUACUGACUGGACAUGUAUGAUCUGCUUAUAUUUUGAUGAACUAUUGCACAUGGACACAUUUUUAAAUCUAUUUUUUGUCUGUUUUUUGUUUUGUUUUUUUUCUUAAGAGAAGGUGUAAUGACCAGAUCGUGUCCUCCAUGAGGAAGUUUGUAGCCCGCUUUUUAGUUUAAUUUCUUUAGUUUGGUGGGGCUCAUGUGAUUUUGGUGUAUGUAUGCAGUGAAGUUGGUUGUGCAUCUUUGGACUGUAAGUAUUGUCAGGUGUCUAUGCCACUGAACGGCAAUUCAGGGUCAACGCUGCAAGAGAUGACUUUGCACUAACAGUACAAUUAUCCACAAUGGAAGGUAUUUCCUCAACUUUUUCCCUGUAUCCUGGUCAACCUUUCCUGAUAAAAUGAAGCAGCACUUCAGUUCAUCUUUCUAUAGUAAGAUGUAUGACUGACAGUGGCUGGACUUGACGUUCAAGUUUUACUAAAUGGUUUUAAGGCAUUGUAUUUUAUAUGAUUUAAUUAAAGUAAUAAGCUGUUAUUUUACAGCUAAACUAUUGAUGAAUAUAUAAGAUAUACUUAAAAUGACUGAAAACGGUUAAUUAGAUGACUGGGACAACAGAAUCAUGUAGUAAUUCACAAGAUUAGGAAUUUAAUAAAUAGCAAAUCUAUACUGAUAAAACAGUUUACAUCAAACAUCUGCGCAUUAACAGUAAUUAUUGAAUUUUGGUAUCGUUUACGUGAUAUACAAAAGAUCUUUGGGGAACAGUGAAAUGGCAUCCUAAUAAUGUGUAUUUUCUUAUGGGCAGCCUUAAUAAAAAUCUAUAUUUUGUAAGACAUUGUAUCAAUCUGAAAUAUUCCCUGGGAGCACAGUAAAUCUUGAUGUAAGAGUUGAUGCUAAAAGUAUGGUGCCUUGUUUGGAGUCGUUUUGUGACCGUAUGGUGACAAUUGCACACUUUGUAUAUGGAAACUCAGAUUUUAAUGGUAUAUUGUAAAAUGUUCAUUAUUUUCUGGAUGUUUAUUUUUUGGAGCAAAAAAUUAUUGAACCAUGAAAAUAGUGCUAAGUGGUCCUGGCUGUAAUAUAGUUCUAGCAGUGCGUGUAUAGUUAUGGUUGGUGACGAUAUUCAAGAUGUGUUCAAAACUUGUACAAGGCACUGCAGUAGUAGUUGUAGUAUUAUAUGUUUGAUUUUCCAUUGUAAAUGUUUUUGUAAAGAAUACCUCCACCUACCACCAUCGGACUAAAUGGUUUUCUAACUUGUUCUCAGGUGAUUUCUCAGUGGUCCCGAAUGUUCUCAGUGAAUAUGAUGUUGAGGUCUGUGAAGCAAUGUAUUUAUCAUAUUUCUUAAAUCGGAUAUAUUUGUACUGUUCACCAAUAAAAGAGGAAAUUAAUGGGCUU